GUACUUUCGGAGCCCACGCAUACGUCACACGUGCAGCAUAGCAGCGCAGAUCAGACAGCCGUACGACCCCGAUCGAUCGCCGGCCGCCCCAGCUCGACCGUCGAAGACCCUGGCGCUCAUGCUAUUAAAGCUAGCAUCGCAUCCGCUUUGCACACUCGCACUACUCGAGUUCAACGAUUCAGAGCCAGAGGCAGCACCCACAAGUACAUCCCGUCUUUUCUUGAUCUUAGGUCUCUUCGUUUCGUUAUUACUUUUGGUUCCACCAUGUCUCCAUCUUUUAUUGAAUACGGCUCGGAAUGCAACUUUCCAAUUCAAAAUUUACCGUAUGGAGUGUUUUCAACAGCCUCCAAUGGCAAGCAAAGGAUUGGUGUUGCAAUUGGAGACAUGAUACUGGAUCUAUCUCAGAUCAAGGAUCUAUUCAAUGGACCUAUCCUCUCAGAGUGCAACGAUGUCUUUACAGAGGAAACCCUGAAUAGCUUUAUGGCUCUUGGAAGACCUGCAUGGAAGGAAGCUAGAGCUACCAUUCAACGUCUCCUGUCUGCCGAUGAGCCUACACUCAGAGAUAAUGCUGAUCUCAGGGAAAGGGCACUUGUUCUCCAGAGUGAUGCUACAAUGCACCUUCCUGCAUCUAUUGGAGAUUACACAGAUUUUUUCUCUUCUAAAUACCAUGCCACCAACACUGGCACUAUGUUCAGGGGACCAGAAAAUGCCCUCCAACCUAACUGGAAGCAUCUCCCUGUCGCAUACCACGGCCGUGCUUCAUCUGUUGUAAUUUCUGGUACUCCAGUACGUAGGCCUUGCGGACAGACUAAGCCAGAUGACAAACCUCCUGCAUUUACUUUUUGCAAGCUCAUGGAUUUUGAACUUGAAAUGGCAUUCUUUGUUGGACCAGGUAACAAGCUUGGUGAACCGAUUCCUGUUGGCAGCGCUCAUGAACACAUCUUUGGUAUGGUCCUCAUGAAUGAUUGGAGUGCAAGAGAUAUCCAGAAAUGGGAGUAUGUUCCCUUGGGUCCUUUCUUGGGAAAGAACUUUGCAACAACCCUGUCUCCAUGGAUCGUCACUAUUGAUGCCUUGGAACCAUUCAUUGUAGCCAACAAUCAACAGGAUCCAGUGCCUCUUCCUUACCUCCGACAUGAUGACCCAUUCAACUUUGACAUUAACAUAAGUGCUGCUAUCAAGGGUGCUGGAAUGGAACAGCCUGCCGUUGUCUCUCAGUCAAACUUUAAGCAUAUGUAUUGGACCAUGAAGCAGCAGCUAGCCCAUCACACAGUGACUGGUUGCAAUGCUCAACCAGGAGAUCUCAUGGGAUCAGGAACGCUCAGUGGACCGACACCCGACAGCUAUGGAUGUAUGCUAGAGCUCUGCUGGAAGGGAACCAAAGAAGUCGAUCUCGGAAAUGGCAACAUAAGAAAGUUCCUCAAAGAUGGUGAUACAGUUAUUCUUUCAGGUUUUUGCCAGGGUGAGGGAUACCGAGUUGGAUUUGGCGAGUGUGUAGGCACCAUCACUCCAGCUAUGUCCCAAUAACAUCAGUCAGCUGAACUUCCAUUGUCAAUCUUAACUUCACAACCAGCAUCAAAGCAUUGUAAUAACUUCUCUGCAACAAAUCCAUUAGUCUCGAUUCGCCAUACAAAGCCGAAUCCAGGAUUUUGAAAUAGGAGUGCAAAGAGCAAAUUUGACAAUCGAGUGGGCACAGACUGCAAUUUUCUAAGAUUUAGGUGUAUGUUUGGUGACACAACAUUUGCUCCUGCGGCAUUUACUCCAGUCUUGUUAUUCCAGAGGGCAUAGUAUUAGGAUUGCAAUAGAUUUUUUGGUUCAGAAUAAUGUAAAGAUAAGGAUUGGGGUUUAUUUAGUUUUGGAGGUUAGGUUUUAUGUUUUGCUUUACGUGUAGUAUUUCCAUUGGAGCAAUUGUCGCUGGAGCAAAUGUCUGGAAUUGAUGUUGAUUCUCUAAAUAGAGAAGGCAUGCAUCUAUUGCUAUAGCACACCUACCUAGAUCUGCCACUUCCUUAUGAUGUAUACAUUUCUUUGUACACUGUAUUUUCAUUCCGUCUUAGCAUUUACACUGCAAAGUCAUCCUAUACAUUUGUUGGCAUUUCCACAACAUGUAAUCUCCAUUUUCAGAGUAUUGCAGUUUGUAAUAAUCGGGUGUGAUUUGCCAUGUGUACAUUUCUUUGCACUGUGUUUUUAUUUUUUAAAUGCCAGCUUUUCUGACCCGAAGAUACACUAGUGAAAUAAUUCAUGGGGUAACAAGCCUUUGCUCAUGCAUGGCCAACUAUGUGGAAUUCUUUUCUAUAGAGUUUGAAAACCCAGCUAUAAACGACCACCUUCAUGGGUAACCUGAGGACAUUUUGUGCUUUUUGAGAGACAUCCAUUUAUGUAUUCAUUGUUCAAAUUAAAACAUCCUGUAAUGUAUUCUUUUUCCUUUCAUUUUUCUGCUCAUUCUAAAUAAGGUAGAAAGUGUGCCGUAUUAAUUUCAUACAUUAUUAACAAGAACGCUGCAAGGAAAUUGGGACGUUGUAUAUAUUUGGUCAGUGGAGUGUACUUUUGAAUCCUAGUAAGCUUCCAUUUUUCAAAAUGCUUCAAGUUUAUUUUUUUAAUCCUUCUUUGCCUCAGAAUAGUGUACUUGGCAGAUAGCUGCAUUAUAUAUGUCAAUAAAUGCUGUGCUUGAUGUUAUUUUUUUUUUUUUAAUAUUUAAGGCACCUUAGUUAUUCAUUUUAUAAGAUUUUAUUUAUAUUCCCCUAGCUUGUAGGUCAUUAUGAAUAUUUUUUGUUGCAAAAGUGUGCAUAAGAUUUUAUUUAUUUACAAAUAAGACAUGGGAACAAAUAUCAAAUUUGAGAAUUCAUUUUUUUGUUUAGUAUUGAACAAUUGUAUUUAUUGUACUAUAAUCCCAAACUUGCAAUAUAAUUGCAAUGUAGUAGCCAAAUGUCUAUGGGAUUGAUGCAAGAAAAUAAUUGCAAUCAGUUGGAAAUUUCUGUUGCAAUUUUCUAAUUGCUAGAUUAAUUUAAGCUGUAACAAAUCAGUUCAUACUUGUUGCAUGGAGCAGUAUAACAAUCAUUUGCAAAUUACCAAUUCAUUGUAAGACAUGACUGAUAUGGGACCUCCAAAUAGAUAUGCAAUAAAUUGCAUUUUUCUUGCACUAUACCACAUGACUGAUUAAUAGUCUCAAAAUCGUCUGUCAAAAGGGCUUUAUUUAACAGAUUGCAAAGCAAAUAUGAUAUCUCUUUUUAAAAAAAUACACACUUUCAGCUGAAAUAUUUUCUGUGAAAUAUCUCUUUUGGUAUAUUCAGUAUCUGUGGGCAGUGAAAUAUGAAAAUUCCAAUGCCAUUACCAUGCCUUGUAAAUAUGUACUACAUUUCAGAAGGUUAUCUUUAAAAAAGAAAGAUCCUUGCAGGAAAAGUAUUUUUUAAAAUAUAAAAUCAUGUGAUGAUUUCUUUGUUUAUCCUUUUAUAGAGUAAUCUUUUUGUUUCUAUCUUUGUUUCUUUGUUGACAUAUAUGUUCUAGAUAAUCAAGAGUAUAAAUGUGAAGAGAUUGCAAUCAUUGUGAAUGUCAUGAGGAAAUGGCUGAAACUGGGUACCAUAUGGAUUUUGAUGUGUGGUUACUGAUUAAAUCAUGAAAUAUAC